AAAGUUAAAUAUUUGUCAACAAAAAGUGUCUCGGUCACAAAUUCCUUACUUGAUGAAAAUAAAUUAAGUUUAUCUGCAAAUCUAGUGAGAUAUUUGUUGAACAUGUCAGGAGAAGUUGUGGUAGACGCGUUGCCGUAUAUUGACCAGGGUUACGAUGACCCAGGAGUCAGGGAAGCCGCCCUGGCUAUGGUAGAAGAAGAAUGUCGACGCUACAGACCGACUAAAAACUAUCUAGAAAAUGCUGGCCCUGAGCCAAGUACAGCAUUUGAGACUCCAGCACUACAGAGAGAGAUGGAGAGAGUGCAGCAACGGUUACCUAUGGAACCUCUGUCUAUGAAAAGAUAUGAACUGCCCCCACCACCAGCGGGUCGCCACGGUGAGCCUGCAGCCUGGUCAGAGUCGGUAGACAACUCCCACGCACAGCUGUCCCACCAGGCCAUCAGAGUGUUGAACUUGGAGUUGCAGCUACAGUAUGGAUCAGAAGCAUGGAGGUCUUAUCUCAACACAUUGCAAGCUCUAGUGACGAGAUCACAGAAUGUACAUAGUCAGUUGAGAAAACAAAUAGCAUCAGUGAACUGGGAGCGUAAACGUUCACAAACAGCCAGUGGUGCGAGACUACGAGCGUUACGGCGGCGGUGGGCGCAGCUCGUGUCUGACAACUACCGGCUCGAGCGCGCCAUUAUGCAGCUUGAAAUACAGCUGCAGAAGGCUAAGGGCGAAGCACCCACAGAUGACGACGAGCCAGCAGAUUUGGAAGCCGUUAAAAACCUACCAGACAAACUCAAUUCUGAGACUGAAAAAGAAGUACAAAAGAAGAUCGAAGAUAUGUUUGCUGAUUAGUUUUAAGUAAAAAAUAGGUGUGACAGUUUCUGAAUGAAAUAAAAUAAAAAAAUCCACAUAACUUUUUUGUGUCAGCAAUAUUUUCAAACAUGAUAUUUGAUUUUACAAUAAAAUGUGUAAAUAAUAAGCCAAGAA